AUGGAGGCCGUGUUGAGGAUCCUCGCGCUGAGCAUCUUCCGCUGUAGCUUGGCGGCCUCCCAGAAGCAAAGCAGGCGCGAGAUGAAAGCAGUCGCGCUGCUUAUGGCGGUGGCCGUUGUGGCUACCUUUGUCAUCUACCCACUGACUGUGGUGCUUUCCGAGCGUCGCUGCCGCUAUGUCCGCCGCCUCUUCUUUCAGUUCUUCGUCUCGGACCUGGUCCGCGGGCUGCCCUUGGCACUUGCCAUAUCUUCAGCCUGGUAUGUGCUGCUCACGGCUUGCGGCGCUCGCGACCGUGUACUCCAAGAUGAGGUGCAGCUGACCGCGCUGGACUCGUGGAAGCUUCUGCCGGCCUUUUCCGAGGAGGGGGAUUUGUCGAUCAGGUGA